GAAAUCUCUGGAAAUGUUCUCUGCUGUUGUGCAAUCAGAACAAGUAUCUCUUUUUUCUUCCACCGGCUCCAAUCAACUGCAGCUUUUCUCCAUACAUUGUGACGAAUCGCUCCCUUCCGACGCGUUCAUAGGACUGCUGAACGAUCGUUCAUCCGAACCUCAACCAGAGGGCACUGUUACUCUUGUAUCUCCCCAUUCUAGCCAGUCAGGUUUUCUGCUGGACCAGACAGUGCUUCACAUACAAUCACCAUUGCUACCAAAAACGUAUAUUCAAUGUCCAGCUCAAUAUCGCACCGAGUUAGGCUUGAAACACUCAUGGCUCCAUCUGCAAGUUCGCAAUAUGAGUCGGGAAUGGAGUUUUGAAGUUGGCAUCGCUGACCGUGUUGGGAGAAAAGGUAUCAUCCGGUUCUCAACCUUCCAAAAACAACCACGACUCAAAGUUCCCGCAGAUUCCAAUGGCCUUCCCCUCCUUCAUCUUCCUUUCUCUUUUCCUUCAGAUUCAACGCAGUUGACUGCCUGGUCGACGGUUAACCUUCACCUUCCAACCUUCUUUCCCCAUUUCACGAAUACAAAUCUUAUCGAACACACAUCAGAUUCCACUGAGGAUGACUUUUUGCAUGCUCAAGUCUUAUCUCCGGCCGGACAGUACUCACAUGUCUGCUAUAUUAAAAUUUACUCUACUUGUAGGCUUCGUAGAGUGUGGUUCGGCGACGGAGGACCUGGCCAAAAACUUCCUUGGGAGUUCGAGCUCUACGCUCGUGAAUAAUAAAAGUAGCUUGAAAAGGAAACAAUUAUAUGGAAUUUCCGGGAUUUCGAAGGUAGCGAGUACAAAAUUAUGAAUGAACUUUAUCUGCUUAUCGAUUGUACCAGCCAAACAUUGAGACU